AGAGACUGUGGUCAGUUUAGAUUCAGCUAUCGCUCAGUCAAGAGGAACAACUUGCCUCGUGCGGGACGUGAUUCCAUUCACAUUUCACUCAACUGUCAUCAUGACUGCGAAAACGGUGCAAGUGUGGGGCCAGUGCAGCAACGGCGACAUCGAGAUAAUUUAUUUCGAUGAAAAGUACCGUGAGCAGUCGAUGGACGUUUUGCGGAAGUCAUUUUUUCUCAAUGAAACCGUUUGCAUUGGAGCGGAGGUGAAUCUCGACCCGCAAGCUCAACUUGAUUUGGAACAACUGUGUCUGGAUGUGGGACGCAGUGGAACUUCUCUGAUUGCAAGACAUGUGCCCAGUGACCGAAUCGUGGGCGUUUCGUUCAAUGUGUUACAAACGCCAAGUGCACCGGGCGAGCUCAACUAUUUCGAAACGUUUCGUGAUCAGCACUGUAUAUCGGAGAGCUCAAAGAAUCUUAUGACGUACAUGAUCACCAUGGACGGCAAGGUGGACCUGUUUGGAAAGUUUAACAUUGAUUGUCUGUUUGAAAUCAUGUUCCUAGCUACGCUUCCUGAAUUCGAAGGCAAAGGCAUCGGAUCGACGCUGGUAUCGUGUUCGAUUGAGUUGGCCAAGCUGUUGAAACAAGGUCAAGCAACGGAGAAUCUCCCGGAAGACUCCAAGCAUAAGCGACCAAAGCUGGUGUCGGCGCUGUUCACUUCGAGGAUUUCGCAGAGAGUUGGAUCGAAAAAUCAAUUCAAACAAAUCAACGAAGUUCCCCAUUCGGAGUUUGUGUUCCGAGGCAAAACCUACAGCGAUCGCAUUGGACCGGAGCAUCCCACAUCGAUAUUGGUAGUGAGAGAAAUCUAACGUGAUAAUUGACACAUUUGGACGUGAGACGGGCAAUGACCCAUGUGAUAUGGAGGCAGCGUGUUAGUGUGUCAAUAUGAAGCGCUUAUCUUGCCGAAUUAUGCAGGAAGACCUGUGCCUAGCGUGAGACUCAACUAGCAACAACGAAUUGAACUACAUUAUCUUAAAGAAUCAUUUUCUGUUCAGGAGAUAAUUAUUGUUAGAUAUUUUAGACGUUUAAACAUAAAUAUCAAUAAAAAGGAGUGAAAACGCUUAA